UUAUAAACGUUAUUUAAAAUCCUGGAGGAGAAGUUCAUGCAACAGCUUAAAACAGGCAACAGCUGAGAUGACACCUUUAAUGUUUAAAGAUGCUUUUUGGGGGUCAGAUCUGACCUGUCACACUGGGUAUGACGCUGUGAUCCAAAGGUUACGAGAUGGAAGGCAAAUGUGCAAAGAUGUGGAGGAGCUUUUAAAGAUGAGGGCACUGGCAGAGGAGAGGUACGGGAAGGAACUGGUGACCAUUGCUCGAAAAGCUGGAGGACACACGGAGAUUAGCACCUUGAGAGCGUCAUUCGACCAAUUAAGAACACAAAUGGAGACCAUCGGGCACUUCCGCAUGCAACUUUCUGAUAUAUUGAAAGAGGAGGUGAAAAAGAUCGAGACAUUCAGAGAACGUCAAAAAGAGCAGCGGAAGAAGUUUGAAAGCAUCAUGGACAAGGUUCAUAAGAAAAAGAUUUCCUCCUUCAAGAAGACCAUGGAGUCGAAGAGGAACUAUGAGCUGAGAAGCAAGGAGGCUGACGAGGCCGAGCAGGGCGCGGAAAAAUCUGCUGUCACACCCAAAAACUCAGAAAAGAUACGUCACAGGGCCAAGCAAUGCAGACAGACAGCCAACGAAUCAGAGAAGCUGUACUUCAAAAACGUCGUGCAGCUGGAAAGUGUUCGCCAGGACUGGGAGGAAACACACCAAAGCACAUGUGAGGUGUUCCAGCAGAUGGAGGGAGAUCGAAUCGGCAUGCUCAGGUGUGCUCUGUGGGACCACUGCAACCACUUCUCCCUGCAGUGUGUCAAAGAUGAUGAGUUCUACGAGGAAGUGAGGAAGCUUUUGGAGCAGUGUGACAUCACGACGGACAACAACUGUUUCAUAGAGACAAAAGGAACGAGGUCGCAGCGACCAGAGCCCAUCGUGUUUGAGAGAUACUUCCCGACUGAGACGACCGCACACAGCAAUGGCCCAGCACUUAUCGCAAGAGGAGGAGAGGACGUGAUGAGGAGAAACUCUUCACCUGGGAGUUUCCCGAACAGCAACAUGGACAGUGCUCGAUCAUCACUGACAUCUAGUGUUGAGAUUUCAGAUGGAGGAUAUGCGCCUCUAACGGGCCUCCAGCAAGACACAUCACUGGCCACAUUUACAGCUGAUGAAGAGAGCUACAAUGUGCUUUAUGCAUACAUUGCACAGGAGGAGGAUGAGCUGUCUGUGGACAGAGGGGACGUGGUCCGAGUGUUGGAGCGAGGAGGAGAUGGUUGGUGGACUGUGGACAGGGACGGCCUGACUGGACUGGUGCCAGGGAACUACCUGGGCAAAAUCUGAACACACACACACACACACACACAUACACACUAACAAACACACACACACACGCACAAUGCCAAAUCACACAUUGCCACACACCAACAUAUGCAUGUGCUUAAAAAUAGUCAUUGCUUCCUGUGUCACAUUUGCAUAACUACAUAGAUGAACAUAAACACAUAUUGUGCAUCACUAUAGAUUCACUCACAUACACAGUCCUUUGUCAAACGUCCUUGUUAAGUGUUGUUUACAAACGCAUCUGAAGUCUGACCUGAUUUAAAGUAUUAUGAAACUGUACUGAAAGCAUCCUUUAGCAGUUAUUACUGGUUGUUUAAACAUGAUAGAGGGACUUUUUUAUUUUUUUUAACAGUGAAUCAAUCAUAACGCUGUAGCAACAUUUUUAUAAUCCUAGCUCCUGUGUUAUAAAGGUAAACAGUCUGACCCGCCUCCUUCCUAAACCUCCCUGUCACAUGUGACUACAGCUGACAUGCACUGAACUCGGACAUUAUCCGGGUAUUAUAUGUGAAACUAAAUGUCAGAGUGAGAGCCUUUCUGCGAACAAUCUCCGGCCAGGUCCUUUGUAAAAACUCCACGUCAGACUGAGGAAACAACAGGAUUCACCGGUAGUGGGUGUGUUAGAUGUUUCAAAUUCAGAUGCAAAAAAUUGACCCCGACCCCCGUGUGGCUGUGCUGUACACUAAAGAUAUGUGAACUCUGCAGCAGAACGGACAUCCUGUCUCUGUGUGCUGCACCACACCUCACCUGAACGCUUAGAUUUCUGUGUUGAUCUGACCACAUAGUCUUCCACUGCGCUGUUCAUUUGUCUGUUACUGCUGGGAGGAUCAUGGAGAUCAGCAAACAAAAAUGAGUUGUUUACAUAGUACAUAGUGUUAAUAAAGU